GGCGUUAAUCUUUAGCCCGUCAGACUUCAAGCCCCUGACAUUGUGAAGAUGGAGGCUGCUUUGCUCUAGACCAGGAAACAGAGAAAACCACCAACUGCAGGGUUCAGAGAUCUGUUAUGACAACAUAUCCAGCCGGUUCAGGUGGAGGCAGGAGGUGUGAGUAGACUGUACUAAGACAUCAGCAGCAUGUACUCCGAGUGGCGCUCGCUGCAGCUGGUGGUGCAGAGUGACCAGGGCCACCUCAGUGUUCUGCACACCUACCCCACCAGCGUGGGUACUGAGGUGGCAAAUGCUGUGGUCAAGCCUCUGGGGACAGCUGUAAGCCCUGUGGCCACAGAGAACAUCCUCAAGACGGACAAGGAGGUUAAGUGGACCAUGGAGGUGCUUUGUUACGGUCUCACCCUCCCUUUAGAGGGGGACACAGUCAAACUGUGUGUGGAUGUGUACACGGACUGGAUGAUGGCCCUGGUGUCCCCCAGAGACUCAAUGCCUCAGCCUGUGGUCAAAGAGCCCAAUAUGUACGUCCAGACCAUCCUCAAACAUCUCUACAAUGUCUUUGUACCCAGACCUGAGCAGCACAGUCUGAACCACAUCAGGCUUUGCCAGCAGGUUUUGACUGCAGUUCAGAAAUUGGCAAGAGAGUCUGUAUCCAUGGUGAGGGAAACCUGGGAGGUGCUCCUUCUCUUCCUGCUGCGCAUCAAUGACACAUUACUUGCACCGCCCACAGUUGGAGUUGGGGUGGCAGAGAAACUGGCAGAGAAACUCAUGGCGGUGCUGUUUGAGGUGUGGUUGCUGGCAUGUGCACGCUGCUUUCCCACGCCCCCGUACUGGAAGACAGCAAGGGAGAUGCUGGCCAACUGGAGACACCACCCACCUGUUGUCGAGCAGUGGAGCAGAGUUGCCUGUGCCCUGACAUCUAGACUUUUACGCUUCACCCACGGACCGUCCUUCCCGCCUUUCAAAGUCCCCGAUGAAGAUGCCAACCUUAUUCCUUUAGAAAUGGACAAUGACUGUGUUGCACAGACGUGGUACCGCUUUCUUCACAUGCUCAGUAACCCAGUGGACCUGAGCAACCCUGCGGUCGUUAGCACCACUCCAAAGUUUCAGGAGCAGUUCCUCAACUCCAGCGGCAUCCCUCAUGAAGUGGUGCUGCAUCCGUGUUUGAAGCAGCUACCCCAGAUCUUCUUCAGGGCCAUGAGAGGCAUCAGCUGCCUUGUGGAUGCCUUCUUAGGUGUCUCUGUUGAAAAAAAGAGAGCUGUACGGGAGAGGGUGUUCUCUUUUUCUCCAGUGCUGCUCUCUCAUGGUAUCUCACGUCCCAGAGCUGACAGUGCCCCGCCCACUCCAGUCAACAGAAUGAGCAUGUCCCCGCCCCCUUCCAUCACCAACACAACGCCCCCGCACAGCCGCAAGCCACGACAUACAGUGGUCACCAAAACCACAAGCAAGAGUUCAACUAGCAGUGGGAGUCAACCAACCAAAGCAUCCCAGCAGCAACAGCAGCAGCAGCAGCAGACUUCUUCCUCCCCGACCCUACUUUCCAGCCCCAAUCAGAGCAGCUGGGAGUCUCGACCCCUGCCGGCCCCGGCGAGACCGAAGGUCAACAGCAUCCUCAACCUGUUUGGCCAGUGGCUUUUCGAUGCUGCUCUGGUCCACUGUAAGCUCCACAGCGGCCUCAGCAGAGACCCAAGCAUGACCGCCUCUUUUAUCCAAAUUCUCCUUUCUUAUAAAUCUUCCAUAGCCACUCAAGUAGGUCUGGAGCUGAGAAGGAAGGGUUCACAGAUGUCCACAGACUCCAUGGUGUCCAACCCCAUGUUUGAUGCCAACGAGUUCCCAGAGAGCUACGAGGCAGGACGAGCCGAGGCCUGUGGGACUCUCUGUCGCAUCUUCUGUAGCAAGAAAACCGGGGAGGAUAUACUACCUGUUUACCUGUCGAGAUUCUACAUGGUCCUGAUUCAAGGCCUCCAGAUCUCUGAUUUCAUCUGUAGACCAGUUCUGGCGUCUAUUAUUCUCAACUCUUCCUCUCUCUUCUGCACCGAUCUGAAGGGCAUCAAUGUGGUGGUGCCGUACUUCAUAGCUGCCCUAGAGACUAUUGUACCAGACAGAGAGCUGUCCAAAUUCAAGAUGUAUGUAAAUCCUACCGACCUGAGGAGAGCCUCCAUCAACAUCCUGCUUGCCAUGCUGCCUCUGCCACAUCACUUUGGCAACAUUAAAUCAGAGGUCCUUUUGGAAGGAAAGUUCAAUGAGGAGGACGGGUGGCCUCAUGACCAGCCCGUGUCUUUCCUGUCCCUGAGGCUACGUCUGGUUAAUGUCCUCAUUGGAGCACUACAGACUGAGACCGAUCCCACGAACACACAGCUCAUCUUGGGUGCAAUGCUCAAUAUUGUUCAAGACUCGGCGCUGUUGGAGUCCAUCGGUGCGCAGACGGAAACAGGGAGUAUAGAUGGGAGCCAAAUAACCUCAAGGAACCACAGUCGCACCAACAGUGGCAUCAGUUUCAACAGCGGGGGCAGCACAGAGGCCACCAGCCCAGACUCUGAGCGUCCUGCCCAGGCCCUGCUGCGAGACUACGCUCUUCCAGAUACGGCGGCAGGCCUGCUGGUGCGAAGCAUCCACCUGGUCACCCAGAGACUCAACUCCCAGUGGAGGCAGGACAUGAACAUUUCACUGGCUGCACUGGAGCUGCUGGCCGGACUCGCCAAGGUUAGGGUGGGAGUAGACUCUGCAGACCGUAAGCGAGCUGUCAGCUCUAUAUGUGGGUACAUUGUGUACCAGUGUAGCCGUCCAGCUCCUCUUCAAUCCCGAGACCUCCACUCCAUGAUCGUAGCUGCCUUCCAGUUUCUUUGCGUGUGGCUCACAGAGCACCCCGACAUGCUGGAUGAGAAGGACUGUUUGGUCGAGGUGUUGGAGAUUGUGGAGCUGGGAAUAUCUGGCAGCAAGUCUCGACAGGAACAAGAAGUCCGCCAUAAAGGGGAGAAGGAGCACAACCCAGCCUCCAUGAGGGUGAAGGACGCUGCUGAGGCCACUCUAUCCUGUAUCAUGCAGGUGUUGGGGGCCUUCCCUUCCCCCAGCGGUCCUGCCUCCACCUGCAGCCUGCUGAACGAGGACACCUUGAUUCGCUAUGCUAGACUCAGUGCCACAGGAGCGAGCAACUUCCGCUACUUCGUCCUGGACAACUCUGUCAUCCUGGCCAUGCUGGAGCAGCCUCUCGGCAAUGAGCAGAACCCAAGUCCCUCAGUGACAGUCUUGAUCCGAGGGACUGCUGGUCGACAUGCCUGGACCAUGCAGCUCUUCCACCAACCCCGAGGGGCUCGGGCCAAUCAGAGGCAGGUGUUUGUCCCAGAGGGCCGCCCAACACCGAACAACGACGUGGGGAUCAAGUACAACGUCAAGCAGCGGCCGUUCCCCGAAGAGGUGGAUAAGAUUCCUCUCGUCAAAGCUGAUGUAAGCAUCCCCGACCUGGAUGACAUUGUCAGUAAAGAGCUUGAACUUCAGCACGACAAGCUCCGUAUUCUGAUGACCAAGCAGAUAGAGUACGAGAACGCUUUGGAGCGCCACAGUGAUGAAAUUUGGAAAUCAAAGCAUUUCCCCGACCCACAGACGGACUGCAAACCUCCUCCACCCUCGCAGGAGUUCCAGACAGCACGCCUCUUCCUCUCCCACUUUGGCUUUCUGUCUCUGGAGGCGCUCAAGGAGCCCAACAACAGUCGUCUACCUCCUCAUCUGAUCGGUCUGGAGUCGUCCUUGCCGGGGUUUUUUGAUGACAUCAGCUACCUUGACCUGCUUCCCUGCCGACCGUUCGACACCGUCUUUGUCUUCUAUGUGAGGGCGGGACAGAAAAGCAGCCCUGAGAUCCUGAGGAAUGUGGAGUCGUCGUCCAGCGUCCAGCCCCACUUUCUAGAGUUCCUGAUGUCCUUGGGCUGGCCUGUGGACGUCGGACGCCACCCAGGGUGGACUGGACACCUAGACACCAGCUGGUCCCUAAACUCCUGCUCCGACAGUAACGAUAUACAACAAACAGAAGAAGCAGCAACUCCUGAGGACACUGGAGGUUCAGUGUUCAAUGGGGAGAAGAAGGUUUUGUACUAUGCUGACGCCUUGACAGAGAUUGCCUUCGUGGUCCCAUCCUUAACAGAAAACUCCGAGGAGUCAUCAGUGCACAGUGACUCCACAGUGGAGGCAGACACAAACUCAGAGAUCAUUCCUGGUGUACUCAAACAACCCAAUCUCACACUGGAGCUGUUCCCCAACCACUCUGAGAACCUGGAGUCUGCCAAAAAGCUGAGUCCUUUGGUAAAGACAAAAAGGUCAUCAACUGGGAAAUCUUUCCCUCCUCUGGGUCCUGAGACGAAGGUGUUUGUUGUCUGGGUGGAGCGCUUUGAUGACAUUGAGAACUUCCCGUUAACUGAUCUCUUGGCGGAAACCAGCACGGGUUUGGAAGCCAGCAUGAGCAACAGCACUUCCUGCAGGUCAGGGCUACUUGAGAAGGAUGUACCAUUGAUCUUCAUCCACCCUCUGAAGACGGGACUCUUCAGGGUCCGGCUGCAUGGAGCUGUGGGUAAAUUUGGCAUGGUGAUUCCCCUGGUGGACGGCAUGGUGGUCAGCCGCAGAGCUCUAGGGUUUCUUGUUCGCCAAACGGUCAUCAACGUGUGCCGACGGAAGCGCCUGGAAAGUGACUUGUACAACCCUCCUCACGUGAGGCGGAAGCAGAAAAUAACGGAGAUUGUCCAGCGCUACCGCAACAAGCAACUGGAGCCUGAGUUUUACACCUCGCUCUUCCACGAGGUGGGGGAGGGGAAGCCCCACCUCUAACCCGCCUGUCCCUGUCCUAACACUGGCUCACCAACGCACACAGCAACACACCAAGCUCUUAUCAUAUACUUCAUUUACACAUUACACAUACACACACACACACACACACACACACACAGGAACACACAGAAUCUUUAUAUUUAUACUGUACUGUUUUGUUAUUUAUACAAAUAUCAACACUGUCUGCCUUUGACUCCGAGAGCAAAGUGUCAAAAACCAUGCCAAGGUGGAAGAAGCUACAUUUGUAUGUCGCAGCCGCUCAUCGAAACGUCUGAACGGCCGAAGCUCAACAGUGACUGUCUCUCUGCAUUUAGCUCCGCGCUCUGUGGCAAAGACUUUCUGCUUGUCAUUAACUGCAAUACAAUAGUAACACUAUUGGCCUUUUCUGAAAUUGUACAAAUGUUUGUCCUUUAAACUCUGUGAACUGAGUCGGCUUCAUGAUGGUUUUUGGUAAAUACACACUUGUGUCAUAAAAAAACCUUACACGCUUAUCUGUUUUUGUUUCGGUCAAACAGACUUCUGUUGGAUCUUUGCCAAGGAGAUAAACACGUCAGACAAAUGUUUUCUAAUAGACAUCGCUGCUGCUUCAAGGCGAGACGCAGGAACGAUUGGAAGCGUUAACCCGUUGUGUCAUUUUACUACAAAACUCAUCUCCAUGCGGACACAUGCUAAAAGUCUUCCUAGUGCAAACCAUCACAGCAUUCGACUGAGCACACCAAUAUUGCUGUUUGUAUACGUUUUUUGUUUUUUUUACAUGAUUUAUAGGACUCCUGCAUUGUAUUCUGUAUCUGAACGUUAUUUUUUGACAUCUGCGUUGCCUCAGUGCCAGUCAUGAAAGUCAUCCCAUCUCGCAUGAGUCGCUGCACUUUGUGUGUGUGUGUGUGUGUGCGUGCGCGGCCACAUUCUUUUUCAGCUAGUAAGAAACACUACAAGGAGUCAUACUGACCCCUAAAAAAAACCCAUAGAUGGCAUUUAAAGAGGAUUUCUGUCCCUUAAAAAUCAAUAUCUCAAAGAUGAUUCAGCUUUGCAAAUGUAAUCCUCUCAUUUGUUUACUCUUCCAGCUUGGUAACGUUUGACUUUACUGAUUGUGAGAGUGGUGACGGAGCUCCCUGGGUUUGCACUCGAUGUUUGCAGGUGGCAUGUUCACGCAAACAGAACUACAGCACAGUUGAAGUGUCUCACUCCUCCCAAACAAAUCUACAGUGAUGAAUUAAAGGGCCAAAACACUCAGUGGAGCCAACAACGAUGGAAGAAAACCACAUUUUGUCUGAUUAAAGCUGUAACGUUUUCAUUCAAAACCCUAAAAACAGAUGAUUUAACCCGUUAGUUGUAUUCCGUUUUGAUCACAGGAACAUGCAAUUUGCCUUCAUGCACAUUUUUCUUCUACCCCCCCCCCCUCCUCACAAUUAGUUUCACUUGUGUUGACUCACUGUACUUUGGUUUUGAUUGAAGCCCUCUCACUGUCCGCCUGUAACAAUGUGAAUUUAUUUAUCACAGAGAUGGAACAGGGCAAACACCUCUCUAGUUUCUUUGUUACAUCGCAAAGUCUUAAUGCACUGAGCACAUGUUAUGUUUAUUUUCUAUCCCCUCUUUUUGUACUUUUUUGCGCAUUUUGAAAGAAAAGAAGAAAAAAAAACCCUGCUGAAGGAAGAGUUUUAUCUUGUGAAAUAUAAGAAGGAAGAAGAGGAGUUUUUAACCUAUCAUGUCGAACUGUGUGACUCACUUUUUACGAGCGUGCUUUAUGCACAUGCCUUUUUUGGAAGGAAUUUAAAAAAAAAGUACAUGAAAUAUGUUUGAACAUACAAUCAGUCAUACAUUGUAUCCUAUGUUACACCUCUGAUGUUUGAUCAUAUUUAAAGACUUGUCAUGUGCAGAAGCAGAGGAUGAUGAUAUGUAAAUAUAUGAUAGUGUAAGGCAUUUACAAGUUGUCUGUCGCAUUCCUCAUCUGAGAUGGCCAGAAAAGAAAUGUAUGUAUGCAAUUAUGUGUGAGGAUCACAAAGGGUAUUGAAUGUAACAUGCAUCAAUUAAAACUAUUAUUGACAUUUUAA